CCAGUAUCAUGACGCGCGUCUAGUCUAUGGUUGUCAGAGAUAACCUCGAAAUUGCGGGUACUGGCACAUCAAGCGGUCGUGCGAUAAGUGAAACGAGAGAUGCGUGCUGUUCGAAUUUAAGGGUGACGACGAACUGAUCCGUGUCAGCGAACGGCUUUACAACGGACAGCGAUGCUUCCAGAUGAGGUUCCAUCAUAGAUGAGAUGUCGGUCCAACGUUGAGAGCCGCAGUGGUACAGAGACGUAGUGGAGAAUUCUGACGGUGCGACCCUGGAGAAGAAAAAGCGCGAGAAUGUACUGCCUACAGUGGCUGAUUCCAGUAUUGCUCAUACCGAAACCCGUGAACCCCGCGCUGCUGCAAACCCACGUCAUGUUCAUGGCGCUUUAUCUGAUCGGUUUCUUCCUGGAGCGCAAGCCCUGCACCAUCUGCAGCCUCGUGUUCCUCGCUGCCGUCUUCCUCAUUUGUUACAGCGGCAUCGGUAACUGCUUGCUCUGGAGCACAAAUUGCGACACAGUAAGAUGCGACAAUGGUUAGAGUCGCGCGCCGCGUUUAUUCUAGACGUUUAAAAUAAUACUCCCUCUCACACACGCGACACAACACACAUACACAUACAUACAUACAUACACACACAUACGUCCUCCCUAGUUUCCUUCCAUGGUUUUUACGCCUCUCCUCUUUCUAGAGUGGAAUUGUUUGGACAUUAGCUUUUUAAUUUGUUAUCGCAUGUUUUAUCCACAGCGUGAAGGCUAAAAGAUAUAUAUAUAUGUAUACAUAUUGACCGCAAUAGGUAGCCUUUUAUAGCGUCUUACCAAGUAGAACUGAGAGUUUCCAUUUAUGGCGAUGAACGUGAUAACCGACGAGCGUUGGGGAUGUUUGUAUGUACACGGGAUACAUAUGGGAAUUUUAAAUAGAUUUCCAAGUGGUGAACAUGUAAGGCGAGACGAGUAUUUGAAAUGGAAUUUGUACAUUGGCUUCUAGAGUUUCGCGUGUCGCGCGAUCGUUCGUUGCAAAAUCGCGCGCUACGCGUUUCAAGAUUCCGGCGUAACGAUUGUAGCGACUUUUGUACAUUAAUAUAAAGGAGAAACGGUGAGAAAGAUGAUUACGCAGCUAAUGGUAUUCCUUUCAUAAUUGUCUUGAUUCUUGCACGGUCCUUGCGACGUCUUCUGUACAUAGUGAUAGUGGUAACGCGACGUAACGUGACGAGCCAUUGUUCCAAACAGGAUACGUCGAGUUGAUGAUAUUUGAUAACCAGCGAAGCUGUAAUCUAUUUUGUUAAAUCGCUCGUUUCAGUCGAACAGCGUACUUGCGUUAAAAAGCGACGAUGAUUGUGAAAAUCUUUGGACACCACCCUGCAGUCUUAUCUGAGGAGCUUGCGAACGACUUAUUUAUAGAGAUGCUAGAAAUGCGGAAAUAGAUGGGGAAUUUCGUUUGUCGCGUGACACGGCCACGCGAUUAGGGCUAAAGACAAAAUCGAAAAUGAUAAUAUUAAAGAUGGUAAUCGAAUUUGAACUAUGUAAGAACGUAAGAUUAAGUAGUGGAGUAAAAUCGCAACGCGCGCCAACGUCUCUCCAUAUCGCUAGUUUUGCGUUGCCAGAAAGUUGAAUUGUAUUUAUUUCUUUAAUCUAACACACGAAGAUCAAAAUGGAAGAUCGGAGAGUGAUGUACACGCGAGUCUCGUGCUAUAAUUUAUGCUUGCAGUUUACUUAUUACCUUACUUUAUAGUUUACUUAUCUAGAAAUACUCUAAUGUAUAUAUCUGUAAUAUCCAGGCGUGAGCGUGACGUUACCAGUGUAAAUACUAAUAGUCGUGGUAACCGAAGCGCGGGUACGAUAACUUAGGAAUAACGAGAAUUGUUACGAGGGAUGAAAAUUGAACUUGGAAAAAAAAUACGUCGGUUCAGCAGAUCUUUUGUAUCAUCUUUACAGCCCGCGUGUAUGUACGUGUGUGCGGAUGCAUGUGUGUGUACAUGUGUAUGCGCGCAUAAAGGUCAAUUAUCUUCCGGCAUGUACCGUGCAGAGCGUUUACAUUGUAUUGUCUUGACAUGAGAGGAAGAACUUUAUCCUUUGCAGAACUGCUGCGAUGCUACCUAAUUUCGAGACAUUUGCGCGAGUGUAACCAAGCUGUAAAAAUUCUGCGAUAUGGAAAUUAGUUUUAUUUUUUGCUGCAUCGGCACAACUUAUAUAAUAUAUAUAAUUAUAUAUAAAUAUAAAUACAUCUGUGAUGAGCUUGAUCGAAAA